UGAUGCUCCGCGGCAUCUCUCGGUGCAGAGGAGCUUCGGUUCGGACGAAAACGUCUGAAACAAAUGUGCGUGUUUGAGACCGGAGCCUCGGCGUAAACGGAUCCGAGCCGCGGAGCCCGGGAGGCGGAUAACGUCUCUUACGGCGGAUGCCGCUCACGGUGCGGAACUCUGCCGGGAGGAGGAGAAAAAAACCGGAUGAGAAGCUCCCGGAGCCACCGGGGGAGUCGACUUCUGCUCAGGUGAUGGCGCCUACGCGGAUGAAACUGCGUGUGCGUCGCCGUGAUGCUGCAGGUUCAGGUCCAGGUGCGGUGGGAAGCGGUCAGCCUGUGGAGGAGGAGGUGAGGAGACGAGAGAGCAGCGGUCGCAGCAGCCGCAGGAAAAACUCCAGCAAUGCUUCCACCGCAGCUGCCGCCACCACCACCACCACCACCUCCUCUCCUCCCACCUCCUCCGCCUCGGCGAGGGCUUUGGUAGCUGCAGAGGAGGCUUCGCCUGACUCCAAGUGCCCCAUCUGUCUGGACCGCUUCAACAACCUGGCGUACCUGGACCGAUGCCUGCACCGCUUCUGCUUCCCCUGCAUCCAGGAGUGGUCCCACAACAAGGCUGAGUGUCCGCUCUGCAAGCAGCCAUUCACCUCCAUCCUGCAUUCGGUCCGCGCCGAGGAUGACUUCAAGGAGUACACGCUGCGGCCGGCGCCUGCCAACAGCAGUGUUGCCGCCACUGUGGCAAUGGUGGCGGCGAUGGCAUCAGCUGCAAGGAGCAACCACCAAAUGAGGUUGAUGUUAAGGAGACACAGGACAGCAGACCGUCUAGUAACGACCACGAGGAGGCGGAGGAGAGAAAGGGGAGGGAGAGGAGGAGGUGGGACCGGGAGGACUGGGGUGUGGGAGUGGUACCUUGAUUCUCCUCCUCUUCCUCUCCCUCCUCCUACUCACCAUCCUGCUGUCUCUCCCAUGGUGGCGGAAGACAGUGGAGAGGGUGAAGACCUGGAGCAGCAGAGGAUGAGGGGAGGAGCAGACCUGGCAGAGCGAGGAGUGAUAUUUGAGGGGCUGACUGGCCUUGGAGGGGCGAGGACGCACAAUGACCGGGCGUCACGGCGACUGAUGACCCGUCUGGCAACAAGGCAGCGGUUGCAGCGAGAUGGUGGCACUGUGCGGCGUCUGAGGGAGAGAGAGACUGUAGCGUUCCGCCGUGCCCUCUACCGCUGUGGCAUACGGGUCCGUGGCGUUGCCGGGGUCAGCGGUAACCAGGAGCAGCAGUGUGACAUCACAGCAGAGAGCUUCCGUCGUAACCCCGUCCACUUGAACAAACUCCGACCCUGGUUGCGGCGGGAACUCACGGUGCUUUACGGUGCUCACGGCACGCUGGUCGACAUCGUCCAACGCAUCAUCAUGGCGCAGCUUGCUCGCCAUGGGCUGGAGGACUCUCCCACCAUAGAGGACGAGCUGCGGCCGUUCCUGUUGGCCCGCACCGACCACUUCCUGCAUGAGUUGGUCAGCUUUGCCCGCUCGCCACUAAGUCUGGAAAACUAUGACCUGCAGGCGGUGUAUGAGCCACCGGCCGCCGCCCUAGAGCUGGAUGGGAUGAGCAGCCCCUCCGACAGCAGCUCCGUCAUCGCCAUAUCAGAGGGCGAGGAAAACGAGAGUCAGGCUGGAGGAAGUUUAGAGGACAGGCUGCAAGCGAGGGCAGCGGGCGCUCAUGAUGAUGUCAUCCAAACAGGAAGCUGCCUCAGCCUGACGGGUUGGGAUGACGAGACUCCAGGCCCCUCCUACUCCACUGCCGAACCAUCGUGUUCACUAGCCUCGCUAUCGUUCAGCCCCGCCCCACAAGAGGCUACCAAUGAGGAGGCAGAGAAGCUGGAGGGGGAGGAGGAGUGUCUGAUAGUCGGAUACAAGAAGCCGAUCGCCGAGCGAACUCCUGAGCUGGUGCAGCUGUCAUCCGACACCGAGGAGGAGAAGGAGAAGAUGACAGAGAAGCUUCCUCCCCUCUCCACCACCCCUCCUCCUCUUUCUUAUGUACCCACAGUCCCCCCCUCCACAUCUGCUGCCUUCCAAGAGGAGCAAAACGACAAGCAGAAGGAGAAAGAUGCCGAAGCGGGUGGGCGAUGCUCACGUGCACGUUCAUGGUCGGCCAGCUCGGGGAGGAGCCAGGAGUCGGUGUGCACGCUCAGCCCGAGCGAGCAGCAGCAGGAUAGCCGGAGAGACUGGAAGCAAUCCAGUGGUGAGACAGCCAGGGAGAAGAGGAAGAGGAGGAGGAGAGGGCAGGACAGGAGCGGAACUCUGUGCAACCCAAACCGCUCCAUCUAUCCUGCCAUGAUGUGCCGCCGCUCACACUCCCCGUCACCAUUUCACUCCAGCAUCGAGUCCAGUUCGCCGCCUGACUCUAGUUGGGAGUACCGCUGCUCCUCUCUCUCCUCCUCUGCCUCCUCCCCAUCACGGUCCUCCUCGCCCUUCUGCUUCUCCCCGCUGCUGUCGUCACCGCUGCCGCAGACACCGCCCUUGCUCUCCCCCGGUGACGCUAACCACAGAGACAAACCCGGCGGGAAGAGAAAGUACAAGAGCCGCCACCUGGACAGCAACGACAAGGAUCCUACCUGGAGGCCUGACAGCAGGCACCCUGGUGAGAAGCGGCGGGAGAGGAGGAGGAAGAGGGGGAGAGACGGGGGGAGGAAGAGAGAGACUCAAAGGAGGGGGGUUCAGAGGGAGAGUGGCGGUGGUGAGAGCAUCAGCAGGAGGUGUCGAGAAGACCGCAGUCCCAGCGUGGAGAUCAUCUACGAGGGCACAAUCACCUCCGACGCCGCGCAGCCUCCCGCCCGGAAACGCCGCAGGAAACGCCACCGGAAGACACGACACAGCAGCUCUCCCGUCAUCAUCACCCUUGACAGCGACAGUAGCCAAGCAUAUGACGUCAACAACAAACCCGGCGGCAGCAGCAGCAGCAGUCCGCUCAGCAGCCAGCAGACCGUCGACUUCUCCGACCUCCCUCCGCUCCCACUGGUGCAUUCUGCCGGUGUGGGUGGGGCCUUGGAUGCAGAGAUCGGCGAACUCCCUGUAGACAUCCUGGACAGAGGGUCAGAUGGGUCAGAGGCGGAGCCGCCUGGCCGGUCGGAGGCUGCGGGUCCCGUCGCCGUCAAUAACAACAGCGACCACGAUGUGGACGUGGAAAAUGUAGAGGAGAGCGGGUCACUGUUGGCAUGCAGGACAACAGCCGCCAAUGACCCCAAAGAUCCAGCCUCCAUCCCCAUGGAUCUUCGCAAAAGAAACUCUGAGGUCUCGACCUCCGACAGUUUUCUCCUAGAAACCAUCCUCGACGACCUGAAGGGAAUCGCUGCUCCUAAAUGUGACCUCUCUCUGACCUUUGAACCCAGUCGUUCACCCGACUCCAGGAAAAAGCGUUUUCAGGAUCCAUGUGACGCUCGUUCGAAGCUUAGCAGCUGGUUGGCUGAGCCGAGACUUCCUGAUGUCACAGACCUGCCGCCAUGUCGUAACUCCACCCCCGCGCUGCCUCCUCUUCAGCAAAUGGAUUUCAGGGUUGGAGAGGACGGCGUGGACGUCCCACCGCUCCUCAAACAGGCCAGUCCUGUGCGGGCCCACAACAGAAACACGCCACCACCAUUAAAACACAAAGAUGCAGGAAGUCCACACCUCUCCCCCGGCUCUCGCCUCUCGCCUCACAUCUCUGCUGACCGCCAUUCAAAUCCCACUGCUGACUCCCACUUGGCCGCUGAGGCCAUCACCCCAAAUUCAGUGCUGAAGAAACAUUUGAAAAGCACUCUGGCGUUGAGAGGAAUCAUGGCGCCUGACUCACGUUCAGCCGCUUUAACCACUAGCGUCAAACAUAAGAGUCCUGUUGAUUCAUCGUCUGCUUCGGAAAAUGGUUCCACACAUACUGAUGGUUUAUCACAUCGGGACGUCAUGAACUCUUUUCAUUGGUCAGAGGAACGUUCCAGCUGUGAUGUCACAAAGGAGACUCCUCCCUCUGGUCUUAGAUCUUCACCCGUUCAUCCCGUUAAUUCUGUUGAUUUCCUUUCAGCCGUCAGAGGCUGGUCCAAAGAGAAGCUGCCUCACACUCACUCUACCUCCGGAGGUGAUCAGACUUUAAGCCCCACUUCCUGUCGGGUGGCGCCCGCAGACUGCCAUGUUUCCAGCAGUGGUGUUGCUGGAGGCUUACCAGCAGGAAGUGGCAAUUUCUCAGGAGUUAAUUCCAACGACGCGUCUCGUCUUUUGCUUUCAAACAUUGAUUCCAGGACUCAGAAUCACUCGUCUCCCGGCAGGUCGUUUCUGGUUGACGUCCGUAAAAGUCCUAAAUGCAUUGACCCCCGCUCUUCCUGUGCAGCUGCAGAGCGACUGACGGUCACUAAGAUGUUGUCAGUCGUCAAUCAUGAGGACCCAGCACCGCCUGUUGAUUUCCACUGUAUGAGUCUGUCCCCGCCCACUGACGCGGAGCCUCCUCGCUUUAUCACCGCUGACGGACACUUCAACCACGCAGCCACGCCCAGGUCACAUAGAAAGUGUAGUUCUGAACCUUCCGUCGAGUCGCUCUCAAAACACUCAACUGAUUCAAAAAAUCACAACCACUUUGAUCCUGUCGACUCUCACGGGGGCGAUCGCGUCACGUCCUCCCCGCACAACCAGUGGAACUCAAACGCCUCCGCUGACGCCCGCUCAGACUCUCAGUCGCCCUUUGACGAAUGCUUGCCCAGCGGCGUCUGGACCACACACACUCACUCGGCCACGUAGGACGACGCACAAAUUCAAACUGAUUCAGUGUUUUUUACGGCUUGAUGGAGAAAAUAUCAGAAAUGAACUUUUGAUUUUGUUUUGUUUUUAAAAUGUUCUUCCCCUCGUUCCUGUGGUCACAUUUGUUGAAAAGAAUGAACGAUGAAAUUAUUAAUUUUUAGUGUGAUAGUUUUUUCCUGGGGCUGGGAUUUGUCAUUUUAUUUUGUACUAGUCUUCAUUAUAGCCCGACUGUUUUAGGGUUGAUACUGAUACUUUGUAUUUUCAAAAAACGUUGAUUCUUAAUUAUCGUUGUCAAACCCUUGUGACAAAGAAAUGUAAUUUAGGUUCGAUAUUUUACAGCUUAACACUAAAAAAGACAAAUUCAACCAAAUAUUAAAGGACAAAAAUGCAUUAAAUAUAAUAAUAAAUGCAUGUUUUCUACGUGACCUUUUCUAAAUGUUCUUUACUUUCAUCUAAUUUUUAGGUUUUUUUUCAAGAUAUCGGCUAAUCAAUAAAUCAGUCGGGUUCUAAUCUUGAUGCAGAAUUAUCCACUUUUAAAAAAAAAACUACUGCUUCGCUUCAUUGAUGAAACAACUAAACUGUGAUUAUCAGGAAAUACAUUUAUUUAAAGGUAAUAAAUAAUUUUUACCGGUUGAUUAAUUAAUGCCUGGUCCCGCCCCCAGUUGAUGGAAGAGUCACAUGAAAAUAUGAUAGCAGUGUUGUUAACUCCGCCUCAUGUCAGUCAAUCAAGCUCAGACCACGUAUUAAACAGCAGCUGUAGUCAAAUAAAACGUGGAGAAAGUAAACGUGAAGAAAUGUAUCAGUUCAAGGUGAAAGUGCAGCAACACAAUCUGCAAACACGUGAUUGAAUAAAAGAAGUUUGGAGCGUCACAGCUGCAGUGUGAUUGGUUGAUUGGACUGGUUAUCACGUAAAUGAGCGAAGAUGGGAAAUCCAAUUAAAGUCGUCACAUGAAACUGAGAAGACCGUUUUUAAGAAUGUUUAAUAAAUGGUGCCUAAAAAAAGAUGGACGACACGAGGGCAUACAACUCAUCUGCAGCGGCCUCUGUAAAAUAACUUUGAAAUGUUUUAAUUCCUUGUAAUGUGCUUUUUUAAUUAAACGCUUCACUGUGUAACUGGAGCUUUAACUUUCA